CCCCCGCGGCUAAGUCUUUCGACCCCAAAUCCCUAAUCCCCAAAUUGACAGGUCCCGCCGGCGCAGAGCAGAACCGACCAAAGCCAUCCUCGCGCCGCCGCUCGGAACGGUUCCCGCCUCCGCCGCCUCAUCGCAUGGACAACUACCCCCGCAACAACCCCCCGUGGACCUACGACGACUCCCAGCCGUGGAUCCCGUUCUUCUAUCAGUCGCCGUACGACGCAAGAGCAGACGGCACUCCGGUUCCCGGGAUCAUGUACUACAGGCCACACCCUCCUCGCCAGCCGGAGCAGAGCCGGCCGGCGCCCGUGUUGGAAGACGGGGCGACCAAGGUGGUAUGCCUCGCCCAGAUGAUCUCGGCGGACGCGGAGGACCUCCGAGACGACGAGCUGUACGAGGACCUUGUGGACGAGGUGGAGGACGAAGCGUGGAAAUUCGGUCAUCUGAUGAGCGUCGUCAUCCCGCGGCCCGGCCACGCCCCGGCGGCGGCGGCCGGAGUCGGCAGGGUGUUCCUUGAAUACGCGGACCUGGAGGGUUCCGACCGUUGCAAGACAAAGCUCCAUUGGAGGUGGUUUGGUGGGAGGCGGAUCGUCGCGGCGUUUUACCCCAAGGACAAGUUUGCUGGCGGAGACUACGAUGUACCGGUGGAUGAAAAUUCUGCCCCUUGAUAGAAUACAAGGUGUUUUUGUGUUUCGAGUUUCUGCUUUACCGUGGAUUCGACCAAUAAAUGUAUAGGUUACAUGUCAUAACUUUGUUAUAGUAUAUAAUUCGUACUCUAGUUUUUAUGUAUAGGUUACUCUAGUUUUUAUCAUGAGUAGCUCAUAUAAUAGUUUAAUUGUUAGAGUCUUAAUUCUUGAAAUAGAGAAGCAUGCUACAUAAUUCGUAUUCA